AUGGGACUGGGGCAACCAAGAGGUGCCAGCAGAAUAUUCCAUGUGUAUGUGGUAUUCUUUUUGCACACGCGCACUCAGGCGGUUCGAGGACACUUCACGGGCUUAUUUCUGCGUACAGACGAGAUGACAGGAGCGCCAGUAAUGAGUACAGCGUCGACGUCGGGCGAUGCUGCAGAUUGCUCGUUCGUUUGGAUUCGUGUCCUCAACGUUGCACCCGAGGUUGCGUAG